AUUCUAAAACUCACGUUUUCUCUCUCAAAUUUCUCAACAAUUUUCUUUUCAUUCUUGAUUUUCUUGGAGAAAUUCGAAGUCGAAGCCAUGAGAAGAGCAGCGAAGCGAGAGACGGGGAACAGUAGCCGUAGUAGUAGAGAGCGAGUUAGCGACAAGACGGAGCAACUCAGGUCCGUGAAGCGCGAGAAAGUGAGUCAUAUCCGAGUCGACUUGGGCGCCGGUGAUGAAUCGACUCCGUCGAGUCAACAAGAUACGGUCCAGCGUAGGGUUCUCCGGUCGAAGUACCUUGCUGUAAUGAACAAGAUCAACGAUCAACGGGAUGAUUUGUCGAAAAUAGAUUCUCUGAAGUUCAAUACAAUCUUUAACGAGGUUGAGAAUUUGCAUCAAUUAGUGCAGAAGCCAAGGGAACAGGUAGCAGAUGCAGAAGCACUGUUGGAUAUUGCUAACGCAUUGGUGAAUUCUGUUCAGUCACAAUCCAAUGAGGGAGUUACACCAACGGAUUUUGUCAGUUGUUUGAUCUCUGAAUUUGGGCAACCCAAUGGGGGGAGAGUAGCCUCCCAAGAGAAUGCCCAGAUAUCAAUCAAUUGGAAAGAUAUUGGCCUUGCUAUCUCACCGUUUUUAUCAAUAUGCCAUGGUUGUUGCACCAUGGUUGGGCCUAUGAAUACUGAGGUGAAACAAAGGAAGGUUGCUGUUCGCAGAAAGCGUGAAAAGCCUACUCAAACUGCAAGACCUGAGGAGGUUGAUAACAGUGAGGCAGAUAAGAAAACAGAUACAGAUAAAAAUAUGUCAACAAUGUUUGACAUCUUAAGAAGGAAGAAACGUGUUAGACUUGAAAGUUUGAUUCUCAAUAGAAUGUCAUUUGCUCAGACUGUUGAGAAUAUGUUUGCCCUAUCAUUCUUAGUUAAAGAUGGUCGCAUUGAAAUAGCUGUUGAUGAAAAUGGCUCUCAUUUAGUUGCACCUAGGAAUGCUCCUGGUGCCGAUGCUGUUUCGUCUGGCAACGUCACAUAUCAGCAUUUCGUCUUCAGAUUUGAUUAUAAGGAUUGGAAGUUAAUGAUGGAUGCGGUGCCUGCCGGUCAGGAGCUGAUGCCACAUAGGGAAAAGUCAAACUCUUUUGGUGUUUCUCAGGCAGAACCAGCAGCAUUCAACUCUCAAGCAGCAGCAUUACGCACAACUCCAAUCAAGAAAUUAUGCAGGAACCGUGGCCUGGUAAUACGAGAGGAAUCAGUUGUUGAAGAUUCGCCUGAAGUUGAUGAUGCUCCUGCUGGUGGAAGAGCCACCAGAAUGCUCAGAUGUAAGCGUAAACUCAUCUGAAGAAGAGGCUUUGUUUGACAACUUGCCAUGAACUGGUAGCUGCAUAUUUUUGUAGAGUUUUGUCAUGUACAUAUGGGCAGGUAAAUCCAAAACCGAUAAUCUUAUUUUGUAGAUUAUUUAACUGCUGAUU